AUGAAGAAAAGAAUUUCUUUUUCAUUAAUCCCCAAAAUUAAUAUUUUAAAUAAACUACCUCUUGAUAUUCUUCAAUUAAUUAUUUACUCAUUAAUUUUAAUUUCAUCAAUUAUUUUUAUUAAUAUAAUUCAUCCUCUUGCUAUAGGACUUACACUUUUAAUUCAAACAAUUUUAAUUUGUUUAAUCACUGGACUAAUAACGAAAUCAUUUUGAUUUUCGUAUAUUUUAUUUUUAAUUUUUCUAGGAGGGAUACUAGUUUUAUUUAUUUAUGUUACUUCCCUUGCAUCUAAUGAAAUAUUUAAUUUAUCAAUUAAACUAACAUUAAUUUCUUUUUUUUUAUUAUUUUCCCUAUUAAUUUUUAGAUUAUUAAUUGAUAAAAAUUCUUCAAUAAUAAUCUUUUUAAAUAACGAAAUAGAAAAUAUUUCUAAUUUAAAUUCGUAUAUCACAGAAAAUUCUCUCUCUUUAAAUAAACUAUACAAUUUUCCAACAAAUUUAAUAACGAUUCUUCUUAUAAAUUAUCUUCUUAUUACUUUAAUUGUAGCAGUAAAAAUUACUAAUAUACAAAAAGGACCUCUUCGUAUAAUAAACUAAUGAAUAAACCUAUACGAACUUCACACCCUUUAUUUAAAAUUGCAAAUAAUGCUCUGGUAGAUUUACCAGCCCCUAUUAAUAUUUCAAGAUGAUGAAAUUUUGGAUCAUUAUUAGGUUUAUGUUUAAUUAUUCAAAUUCUAACAGGAUUAUUUUUAGCUAUACAUUACACAGCAGACGUAAAUUUAGCAUUUAAUAGAGUAAACCAUAUUUGUCGUGAUGUAAAUUUUGGUUGAUUAUUACGAACAAUACACGCUAAUGGAGCAUCUUUCUUUUUUAUUUGUAUCUAUCUUCACGUAGGACGAGGUAUAUAUUAUGGUUCAUAUUUAUUUACUCCAACAUGAAUAGUUGGAGUAAUUAUUUUAUUUUUAGUUAUAGGAACUGCUUUUAUAGGGUAUGUUUUACCAUGAGGACAAAUAUCAUUUUGAGGAGCUACUGUAAUUACUAAUUUAUUGUCAGCUGUUCCUUAUUUAGGGAUUGAUCUAGUUCAAUGAGUAUGAGGAGGGUUUGCUGUUGAUAACGCAACAUUAACACGAUUUUUUACCUUUCACUUUAUUUUACCUUUUAUUGUCCUUGCAAUAACUAUAAUUCAUUUAUUAUUUUUACACCAAACUGGAUCUAAUAACCCUAUAGGAUUAAAUUCAAAUAUUGAUAAAAUCCCAUUUCAUCCUUAUUUUACAUACAAGGAUAUUGUAGGGUUUAUUAUUAUAUUUUUUAUUUUAAUUGUCUUAGUAUUAGUAAGCCCAAAUUUACUUGGAGACCCUGAUAAUUUCAUCCCAGCUAACCCUUUGGUAACGCCUGCCCACAUUCAACCUGAAUGAUAUUUUUUAUUCGCCUAUGCAAUCCUUCGUUCAAUUCCUAAUAAAUUAGGGGGAGUAAUUGCUUUAGUACUUUCAAUUGCAAUUUUAAUAAUUUUACCCUUUUACAAUUUAAGAAAAUUCCGAGGAAAUCAAUUUUACCCAAUUAACCAAAUUUUAUUCUGAAUUAUAGUAGUUACAGUAAUUUUAUUAACAUGAAUUGGAGCCCGGCCAGUUGAAGAACCUUAUGUUUUAAUUGGACAAAUUCUAACUAUUGUUUAUUUUUUAUACUACUUAAUUAACCCACUUGUUAAUAAAUGAUGAGAUAAUUUAUUAAAUUA